UUUGCACUCUCGUAGAGCAAGGCUCCAUAUCGAUCUUUCUACAACGUUGGGCGACUGUAACGUGCCAACAAUGCCUUUUUCGUUAUUACGUCGCGGCAGGAGCCAGCGGAACUCGCUGAGACGCACCGGCAGUCAAAAGGGCAAGAAACGCAACGAUCCUUCACUGGAAAUAGAACGACUGAUGAAGCAGAUGCCACCCGAGCCAGAACUGAGCGAGAAAUUUGCUGAAGUCGUGGAUGAACUCGAUCUCAGUGCAGCGAAACGUGAAGGAGUGCUGGCAUUGCCACCGGAAGCGAAGUGGCGCCUAUAUCUCAACCAGAAAUUUAAACAUUUGACUGGAGAUGACAAUGAUGUGGAACGCACCAGCAAGUACAUCAGUGAUGUAAAACAUCUAACAGGAGCGCCAUAUCCACCAGAUAUUCGUGAGCAGCAGUCCAGUACAAAAUUGGCAGAUAAUUUGAAGACUGCACUUCGCACUCAGACUCAGAGCUUUGUAAACCAGUUCAUUCAGGCCAAUGGUCUUGAUUGUUUGCUGGAGUUUCUACAGCAAAUGGAUCACAGCACUAGGCAAAGUGGGAUUCACACGGCUAUUAUUGGUUGCAUCAAGGCACUGUUGAACAAUACAUAUGGGCGUGGUCAUGUCCUCUCACACAUGAAAGCAACCAGCAUCAUUGCACAGAGCCUUUAUACAGACAAUGUCAAAACAAAAGUUGCAGUUUAUGAGAUUUUGGGUGCUGUUUGCUUGGUGCCCGGUGGUCACAAAAAUGUUUUAAAGGCUAUGUCACAUUUUCAGCAUUAUGCUUCAGAGAGAACACGUUUUCAGACUGUGGUCCUUGAUUUGGAUCAUUCUACUGGAAUGUAUCGUGAGGAGGUGAACCUCAAGACUGCUGUGAUGUCUCUUCUCAAUGCACUCUUGUGUGGUGGAUCAGGAGAGGACCAUCUAGAGUUUAGAGUUCAUUUACGUUAUGAAUUCCUCAUGUUGGGAUUCCAGCCCGUGUUUGUCAAACUUCGGGGGCAGAGCAAUUCUAUUCUUGACAGACAUUUAGAGUUUUUUGAGCUGAUGAGGAAAGAGGAUGAACGAGAAAUUGCAUCACGAUUUGAAAUGCCACACAUUGAUACCAAUAGUGCAUCUGCCAUGUUGGAUGUUCUCAAACGGAAGCUGGCCCAUUCACCUUCAUACCCACACUUGCUUUCACUAUUACAGCACUGUCUUAUGGUUCCUGUUGAAGGAGACUACCUAGCACAUCGGUGGAAACUUCUUGAUCAUGUAGUACAGCAGAUUGUCCUGCAGCAAGAUGGCGGUGUAGAUCCUGAUCUAGAACCUUUGAAAAUUGAUGUUCAAGACAUUGUUCAUCAUUUAUUUCGUGAAGAAGAAAUGGAGAAAAUGACGGCACAGCUUGAAGAUGUAAAGAAAACAAAGGACGACCUUCAAUCAAAGCUUGGAAAGAAAGAAAGAGAAUGUGAAAUUCGGACAAAAGAGAAGGAAGAUGUAAAGAAAGCUCUCAAUAAGAUAAUGACAAAACUGGAGAAGGAGCAAAAGGAGUUGCGUGAGUAUAAACUACGUGAAAAGGAACUGAACGCAUCAGUGACUGAGCUGAAAGCAAAGCUUGAUCGUGAAAUGCUUGACCGAGUUCGACUCGAGAACAUCUUGGAGAAAAGCAGUGUUAGUUUACCAGAUGAUGCCAAAGCUGCUGCUGGAAUGGAUGCUGCACAGCUGAGCUUGCGACUGAGUGGUGUGGAUGUAUCUUCUCAACCUGCUCUUCCUGCUCCUCCGGCACCACUAGGAUUGGCUUGUCCACCACCACCACCUCCUCUUGUUCCUGGUGGUCCCAUACCACCAGGUCCACCCCCACCUCCCGGUGCCCCUGGAUUUGGUUCUUCCAAACAAAAGAAAAUACCCAAGGCUUCACAGCCACUGAAAUCAUUCAACUGGUCGAAACUAGGUGAACACCAAGUCAAGAAAACAUUGUGGAAGGAUCUCGAUGACGCCCAUGUUUUCAGGUUGCUUGAUCUGCCCAACUUUGAAAGAAGCUUUUCAGCAUACCAAAAGAAAGAGGGAUCAACUGAAGAUGUAUCUCAAAUCAAAGCAAAACCAAAAGAAUUGUCAGUGAUUGAUGGACGUAGGGCACAGAAUUGCACAAUAUUACUCUCCAAAUUGAAGAUGAGCAACGAAGAAUUGAAGUUAGUUGUGCUGAGUAUGGAUGAUGAAGAAGAAGUAACUGUGGACAUGGUUGAACAGAUAUUGAAAUAUGUUCCACAGCAAGAUGAGGUACAGCUGCUAAUGUCACACAAGGAGGAGAUUGAUAAGAUGGCACGAGCUGACCGCUUUCUUUAUGAAAUGAGCCAAAUUAAUCAUUAUGAGCAGCGAAUGGCUGUACUAUUCUACAAGAAGAAAUUCAAUGAGAGAGUUGGUGAAUGUCGACCCAAAGUAGAAGCUAUUUUCAGGGCAUCUAGAGAGGUUGCCCGCAGCACUCGGCUCCGCCGUUUAUUGGAGAUAAUUCUAGCUCUGGGCAAUUACAUGAACCGUGGAGUUAGGAGUAAUGCAUUUGGAUUCCGCAUUUCCAGUUUGAAUAACAUCAUCGACACGAAGUCAAGUACAGAUCGCCGAAUGACACUUCUUCAUUAUCUGAUUGAAACUGUAGAGCUCAAGUUUCCGGAAGUACUCCAAUUGGAACGUGAUUUGCCUAACGUUAGGAACGGUUCCAAAGUCAACAUGACCGAACUGGAAACAGAAAUGCUGGCUCUUAAGCAAGGACUGGAAAGAGUGCAAAAUGAAUUAAACUACCAUUCCACGCAAUCAACUAGAGAAUUGGGAGACCGCUUUGUAGAUAUUGUCAGUGACUUCGAAUCACUGGCUUCUGUUCAACUAGCUGAACUCGAAGAAAUGUUAAUUGACUCCAAAAUACAGUUUAACAAGACUGUGGAACUGUUUGGUGAAGAUCCCAUGAAAACACAACCUGACGACUUCUUUGGCAUGUUCGCUACGUUUCUGCAAUCAUUUGAUGAGGCUCGUCAAGAGAAUGAAGUAAUGAAGAAGAAACGACAAGAAGAAGCUCGUAAAGCUAGGGAAAUGGCCGAGCAAAAAGAACGAGAAAAACGAGCAACGGAACGUCGAAAAAGAGAGCAAGAAUCCCGGUCUAGCGACAGCCGAAUCAAGCCCAAGGGCGUUGGCAAGAGUGAAAGCGGUGAAUUCGAUGAUUUAAUCAAUGCCCUACAAAAAGGCGACGUUUUCGGUGAAGACUUGGCGAAAUAUAGACGAAAACACGGACGUCGUGUGUCUGGCCACGGGGACAGCGGCAAGUCACCAAAACGAGUUGUAGGAAUUCCCGAGAGUAGGGAGAGAUCACCUGCUGGUGACUAGAGUAACGUUGGAUCCCAUGCAGUACUGUUUCUACAAUUUUAUUAUGGACCAAAAAGGAAGCUUGAGCAAUACAUAAAAAUUUUUAUUGAUAGACUUGUCGACAAUCCAUCAUUUCAUCAUUAGCCCUGUCGUUUCUUACAGAGUUUUUCGUUUAAACUAUAUACAUUAAAUGUAAUCUCGGAAUAG